AUGCCAACAGCAACGUCAGGAUCGAUCGAGAUUCAGUCUGUACAAAAGACAGUCUUAUCUUCAAUCGGAUAUUUGAAAUCUAUCAAAUCGCACAUAACUGAUACGAUACUUGCCAAACGUAUCAGUGCGCAUCGUUUCGAAUACGCCAAUAUUGUCACACCGAAACUGAUUAAUGGAUACUUGGUUUACGAGGUGGGAUUAUUACGUGAAUUCAUCUUUGUGUGCGGUGAGAAUGCAACUGAUCCGUAUGCAAUCGCCGAGUGGCGAUCACUGAAGGCACGAAUCGUGACUGAAUGUUCACUGACGAGCAGUGAAUUACUAAUCGAUGCGAUCAGUGCCAUACAAUCAGCGAUUCCGAUCACAUCAUGCAAUGCAACUGCCAUUGGUUUAGCAACAGAUUCAGAAGGCCGCUUUGCUGAGUGGGCACUUCCGGCAACAAAUGGGUACUUCUCUACUUACUGGAUUUAUUCACAUUAG